AUGAGCUCCGAUAUACAAUCCAAACACCCUUCGGUAUUACAGCGAGUCGCCAAGGUAGCUCAUGCAUGGAAAACAGACUCAAGCAUAUUGCAGUUUUUGUCAUAUUUCUUGACCAAGCCUUCCCCCACCAUUCAAAUGGCAAACGAACGCCAACAUACAGUCUGGCUGUUCGACAAUACGGCGUAUCAGGCACCAGUCACAGGCUCGUCGGAGCGAGUCUUGUGGCGGGCAGAAGUUGUCGCAUGUGUGUUCCAGAAGGACAGCCGGAAGGACCUCAGUAAACUUGUCGCUAUGGUCGCGGAUCUCAUCGGACUGGAUGGAGAGAUCGGCACAGACAAAGAGACUCGCCAUCGAAUAGCGGAGCGACUGGAACCAUUCUUACAUCAUACAGCGCCCGCGCACCUUAUGCUCUUGGAAACACCUUUGCCGAACAAUGCUAUUCAGAUUCACCAACUUGGGCCUACGGAUCAUAGUGGUCUCAUCAGUCAAACGGUGGGAGCAGACAGUCGCCAUAUCACUGAUGGGACAAACAUACGCUCAUAUCUCCGCGGCUGGGACGAAAAGGUAUCGAUGAGCACAACCUUUGCCAGCGCGCAGGGAUGGCUUGUCAUUUCCGACAUCGACGAUACCAUCAAGCACACUAAAACAUCCGAGUCAACUGGCAUCCUUCGCACAACUUUCGUGGAAGAACCCAAGCCGAUCGUUGGGAUGCCUCAGCUUUAUGCCCAGAUACAGCAUGCCCUGACGCCUACGUGGUUUUACCUUUCUGCUUCUCCAUACAACCUGUACCCAUUCCUGCACGGCUUUAUUCACACUCAUUUCAACCCUGGAACCCUGAUACUUCGCGAUACGUCCUGGCUAGAUGUGAGUGAGCUGGUCAAAUCGUUCACCGUAAACACCAUGGAAUACAAAGUGGACCGGGCAGAGAAGAUUCAUGGCUGGUUCCCACAGCGAGAGGUACUUUGCAUUGGCGACUCGACUCAGAAGGACCCAGAGGCAUACGCUGAACUUUACAAGAGACACCCGGAUUGGGUUCGGGCAAUCUGGAUCAGAAAGGUGACGGAUGUUCCUCACUUGGAGGAACAGAAUUCGCCGGGAAGGUUUGAGGCUGCAUUCGAUGGUGUCCCCGAUCAUAAGUGGAAGCCAGCGGACCUCGAGUCGACCACAAUGGACGAAGAACAAAUACCCAUACCACCUACAAUGAGAGCUCUGUACUACCGUCCAGCGUCUACAGCCAUCACCGAUCUCACCUCUUUGGACGCUCCGAGAGUGGACUCUUGCGUUGAAUUCGAUUCCGAAUUUCAGACUCCAUUUCCCUCUGGAAACGAAUACCUCAUCAAAGUCCAGACGGCAGGUUUUUGCCAUGAUGAGUUGCGGCUAGUUGCUACCUUAAACCCAUCUAAAUCCAUCCCUCAAAUUCCUCUGCACUGCUUUUGCGGUACGGUCAUCCGUACACCCCGGCAUGACAAAUGGAAUCCAGGCGGUCCGAAAUUCCAAGUUGGUGACGUUGUUUUCGGGCUGGUCAACUACACCCGUGACGGUGCCGCAGCAGACUACGUCGUUGCCUCGGAAGAUGAGAUCGCUCUGAAACCGAGGAAUAUCAGUGCUGCCGAGGCGGCUACGAUCCCGCUGCCCGCACUCACAGCCUGGCAGUCUCUCUUCAAAUACGCCGGCUUCAUUCCCGAAGAUGUCAAGGAAAUGAAACGACAACUAAGGGUACUGGUCACGAAUUCUCGGAACAACGAAGUUGGUGCCCAAGCCUUGCAGCUACUCCGAUCACGUACACUAUUCCCUCAUCACCUGCCAUGGGUCUGCGCAACCUGUGAUGCGCAAGAUCAGGAGAACUACUUGCGCCAAGAGCACGGGAUUGACGAAGUUCUCUAUGCUCCGCUCCCUCUCCCGCAAGAGUAUGAUCUAGGAGCGAUCUUCCGCAAGCGACGCUGGGAUGCUGUUGACCUCGUCAUUGACUGCGCUGGCCGCCAAAUGUUCCAACAAGCUCAUUCCCCGCGUGUCAUCAAGUCGAAUGGUGCUGUAGUGACAGCCGUGGACUCCACCCCGGCCGAGAACCGGGACGCCGAGGGAAAUGCCGAACCGCCCAAGAAUGGAGUUUUCAGCCGCUUCGUUGCGGUGAAGCCGGAUGGAGAAGCAUUGGAACGCAUCGCUCAGUUAGUGGAAGAGAAUGUGGUCCGAGGGCGCGUGGAAAGCAUCUACGACAUACACCGAGGGGUCGAGAUGUUAGCUUCGGGGGCCGUCGGCGCGGGGGGUGGACGACGAGGUGGCAUGAUGGUGAUUCAUAUCAAUUGAACUCGUCGACCUUUUUUUUUCUCUUCUUCUGAUUAGACUUUCACUUUUUCUCGCUCAUUUCAGCCUUGAAUUCAAACUUCACAACUCCCCUGUUUUUGAGACGUGCAUGUAUUCGUUCUGUCUGUAUUAUAGUGCAUUUCAGCAGACUCGG